UUAAAUUAGGCUACACUAACUGGGAUAAAAUACUUCAUUGAAACAAGCACCAAUUUGUACCACUGGUCACCAGAGAGUUAGUUACCAAUUGUGCUGAAUUGCAUUUGUGGCAUAAAAUCACAAAUCCCAUUAAAGACAUGGGACUGAUACUAGAAUGUUUCACCCAUGUUCAAAGCAUUAGUGACUUUGUUGAGCUUCACAAGUUUAGACACUUCCGGAUGCUUUGGACAUGAUGUGUGAAAAAUUCUAAUAUCGGUCCCUUUAAUUGAAUGGGAUUUGUGCCACACAUGCUAAAACAUUAGCAUGUGGAAACAGUACCAAGGAAACUAAACCGAAGCAUGGAUUCCUGUCGUACCUUGUCCAUAUACUGCUUACAGGUUAAGGAAACCAAUGCGUCAUUUUUUUUAUUUGACUGAACUAUCCCUUUAACCAGUGAUGUAGUGGUGAAAAAAUUGGUGGCAAAAUGCUGAUCGCUGUUCAGGAUUAGAGAUGCAUUCAAUGCAUUUUUCUGCAAAAUUUGGGUAAACACUCGUGCAAAUUUUUUUUUAAUGCGUUAACGUUGUUUACCCUGCACUACAUCACUGUUGUUAACCCUUUCACAAAUUGUUACAUUGUUACAUUGUUCUGAGAGAAACAGCAUUUUUAAAGUCUUUUGAGAGACCCGUGUCCCUGGACAUGUGGACAGACCUCAGUGCUCUAUGGCCCUCUAUUCCAUGUUGCUGAAUACAAUGGGGUUCACAGGUAUAAAAAGAAAGGUUUUAAACCAGUAGGAUAACAGUUCCCCAGCAAGAGCAGCAGCAGCACAGAGAGACAAUAUGACCUCCACCGGCAUGAACAUGAACAGCAGAGUAAGUAUUAUAUUUAGCUUAUUUAUUCAUAGAAAUGUUCCUAGCUUGUUACACUGAGUGCACUUUAGUACUCUAGUGUCAGAGCACAAGGCAACCGUAAUCCCAGAAAGCUGAUUGUCAGUGGGAUUGGGCAAGGCCCAACAUGUAGCAAUGUGUUUUUGUAUGUUUGAAUGGGGAAUAGAAAUGAUUCUUGCUUAUUUUCAGAUCACCUUCUACGAGGACAGGAACUUCCAGGGUCGUUCCUAUGAGUGCAGCAGCGACUGCCCUGACAUGUCCUCCUACCUGAGCCGCUGCCAGUCCUGCAGGGUUGAGAGCGGCUGCUUCAUGGUGUACGACCGCUCCAACUACAUGGGAAACCAGUGGUUCAUGAAGAGGGGAGAGUAUUCUGACUUCCAGCGCAUGAUGGGAAUGACCGACAUCAGGUCCUGCCGCAUGAUCCCCAUGCACAGAGGAUCUUUCAGGAUGAGGAUCUACGAGAGGGAGAACUUUGGAGGUCAGAUGCACGAGAUGAUGGACGACUGUGACAGCAUCAUGGAUCGUUACCGCAUGAACAACUGCAUGUCCUGCAACGUUAUGGACGGCCACUGGCUCAUGUAUGAGCAGCCCCAGUACAGAGGCAGGAUGAUGUACAUGAGGCCUGGAGAGUACAGAAACUUCAGUCAGAUGGGCUCUAUGGGUAGGCUCAUGAGCAUGAGGCGUAUCAACGAGUCCUGUUACUAGAUAUUGCUUUUUACUGAUGUAAAUAAGAGAAGCCAUUGAAUAAAAUGUCUGUUUGAAAAAAGCCUAAAUGCUUGCACAUUUCGUUUACCCUUUAUCCAAACCUCUUGACAGGCCAUUCUGAAAACAUACAAAUACUGUAUAUCAUAUACCGAUCAAUUCUUAAUGACACAAGAAACACAU